UAACAGGUACAAUGCACACUUUAUUGGUUGUGAUAUUUUUUUCAUUUCAUAGUCUUGCUUUAUUACCAGAAAUUGAUAGAGUAUGAUCUUUUGUAUGCAGGGCUGAAAGUGCACACUCAACCUUGAAGAGGAUGCUGAAAGACGGCAGAGGUGACUUGUGCGCCUCGUGGGAUGCAGUGGAUAGGUUGACCACUGUACGACACAAUGAAAUCAAGGCAUCAUUUGAGCGCAGUAUCAACCUUGUAGAACAUCGUUUCAAGUCGCCCAUGUAUACAAAUAUCAUGGGAUUUGUGUCCAGAAAGGCCAUGCAACUCAUGGAAGAUGAACAGAACAGAGUGAUGCGUGAUGGUUGUGGAUGCGUGUUCCAAGUUACCCAUGGGCUUCCUUGUGCGUGUGCACUUCAUAGUUAUGAUAGAAUUCCGUAUGAGGCAAUCCAUACUUUCUGGAAGAUACUUGGUUGGGACCAUGUACCCAUUGGGAGUCAAGCCUCAAACCAAGGAGACCUCAAGUCAGAUAUUGAUGGCUUGACUGCUUAUUUCAACACUUUGGAUGUUGCGGGCCAAAGUAUGCUAAGGAGGAAGGUAAAGGAGCUCUAUUGUCCUUCUAGUAGUUCACUGUGUCCUCCUCAAGUGAAGAUAAAGCCCAAGCGCUCGUCCAAGGCUAUGGAGAGUAAACCACCUAGUCAACAAAAACCAUCCUUACAGCGUGAUCCUUCUUAUUGGGAACAUGUUAACAAUAGCCUCAAGCCAACACCUAACAAAGUCUCUUGUCCUCGAAACAAGAAGUCUAAGAAGAGCAAGCAGUCCUCCACCAGCAUAUACUUGGAUGAUUUGCCAUCUUUCUUCCAUCAAUAUAUAGAAAAAGUCAUAGAUGUUAUUGCAGAUGGUAAUUGUGGUUAUAGAUCAGUUGCUGCAUUGUUGAGACCCGACAUAGGUCAAGACGGUUGGCCUUUGAUUAGAGAAGAGUUGCUUGUAGAACUCUCAGAGAAUACCGCUUACUAUAGCAACAUAUUUGGUUACGAGAGGGUUCAGUCUCUACAAAAUCGUCUCAUCCUUCCGAUUGGUACAAUUGCAACUGAAGACAAGUGGAUGUCUCUACCGGAGAUGGGGUACCUCAUUGCUACGAGGUUUCAAGUUGUCUUCAUCUCCAUUUCACUAGACGGUUGUUACACUUAUCUGCCAUUGAGAGGAGGCGCCCCACCGGAAGUACAUCCAGUUAUAGCAAUUGGUCACGUCACCAACCACUUUGUUCAGCUCAAGCUAAAGCCGGGACAUCCUAUGCCAACAAUAGCUCCCCAAUGGCCGUUUUUGGCCAAAGAACCCACCGACCAAUGGAUCUUCCCGUAUGCAGCGCGUUUGGCUACAUUUACGGCAGAAUUGCAUGCUUGGAUUGAUCCUACGGGUGGUCCUCAAGAGAAUGUCUUUAUAGACCUUGGAGAAGAUUGAGACUAGGAUUAAUGUUUGUUAAUUAGUAUCUAUGACAUAUGUACCACUAAUUAGAAGUUCAAAGUAUUAUGAUGUAGUAUUAAACUGUUUCUCAUGUGCAUUUUAUCUGUUUCUGCCCUGCAAUGUAGCUGGUUAUGGGAAUUUGUGGAUUCUGCCUUCAUUGUUUCUGGUACUGUCAUUUUAGCUGGUUAAGCAUAUUUCGGAACUUUGGUUUCCGAAUUACUUCGGAAAUAUAAUGUCCGUAUUAUUUGAGUCAGGUAACUUGCCACCCCAUUUGUUUUCACCAUUCGGAAGGCUCCAGUCCGAAGUAGUUCGGAAAUACGGAGUCCGAAAUGUUUCGGAAGUCUCCUUUCUAUUUCCAUGCCAUAUGCUUAAAUUUGGCACCCCCAAGUUUACACCAUCUUCGACAUUAAGGUUUCCGAGACAUUUCGGAAUUAUAGGAUCCGAAAUGUUGCAAACCUUCCCAUGCUUCCAUAAGUUGUCACGAUGGACAUUUACUUUCCGAACUACUUCGGACUAUGGGGAUCCGAACAUUAACCAACCACAACCAACCUCAUUACUAUCCACAACCAACCACAACCAACCUCAUUACUCUCAACCAACCACAGCCAACCUAAUUACUAUCAACCACCAACAACAACCAACCCCAUUACUCCUUCAUCUAUAAAUUUGCUUGAUUUAAGCUUUCUGGUAUUCAUCCCCUCCUUUCAUUCUUUCAACGAAACGUUCAAAAUCAGAAUGGAACAAGAUUUGCCCACCUUCAUCCGCCCUUGCAAACUCCGAGGCAACUCUUCUGCAAGUUCUCGUCCUCUCAUUUCCGGCCCUGCUGGUGUUGUCCAAGCUGCCAUGAUUCAACGCAGCUCCACCACCGACGGACACCUCAUUCCAACCCAACAAUUUGUUAGGCGCGUCGUCGAAGACGGUCACGACAGUGAUCCCGAUUUUCACUCCAAUGCUUGGUUUUCAGCCCUGCAAUUAGGCGGAUCUGCAACUCCUCUGGGUUCCAUCACUCACCAUCUAGAAAAGGUCGAUCUCAUCGUCGCAGUUAUAAAAUCAUGCACGCCAAACGGAUUCGGCGAUGUGUCAGUUACCCUGAAGGAUCCUACGGGCACCGUCGGUGCUAGUGUCCAUCACAAGGUUUUCACUGAAAGCGAAUUCGCGAAGGACAUAAAUGUUGGAUCUGUUAUGCUUAUCCAGAAGGUAGCUGUGUUUUCUCCUAGAAAAUCUAAUUGUUACCUGAACAUAACAUUGCCCAACAUAGUUAAGGUAUUCUCCAGUGACUGUGGACCUCCAUCAGAAACAUUCACCGACAUUACAGAAGAUUGAUUAAUGUUAUUUGGCUAAUUCUGAAUUAUUUGCAACUUUAAAAAAUCCUUGACCUGGAUUAUGUAGGCUAUGUUGUGUCCCUUGAAUUAUGUACGUUAUUUUGCUUCAAUUGGAUU